AAAAAUGAAGACGUCUAAAUUCCACUACUAUCUAUAUGAAGUUUAGUAGGCUUAGUAUGACUAAUUUCUAUUAAUGAAUGAUUAGUAACGCAAUAAAUCAUUACACUUGUGUUAGUGACUAUAUGUAGGUUGGACUACAAGGAUAAAAAAACUAAUAAUUUAAGUGAGAAGCUAGACAUGGAUAGAUUUUCUCUUUUACUAUUGGAACCGGGCGAGAUUUAUUUCGAGGAUUUUAAGGUCCUCUACCAUAUACGUCCUGAGGAUAAACAACCACAGAUACAUAAUGAGGUUCCAGGCAGACUCAAGGUGUGUUCCAAGUCUAUAGUGUUUGUACCGUUUAGCCAAGUACUGCCAAUGCUGAAGUUUCCUCUGUCUGAAUGUGAUAGUAUCGAGGAGUGGACUCCUAAAUCCUUCCAGAGUGCACUAGCUUACAAACAAGAGGUUAUGUUUAUAUCCUGUAAGCAAACUGCAGAAAUGUUGAGCCAGAAUAUUAUAUCACCAUUCAAGUUUAGGAGGAAAAAGGAGACUUUUGUUUUUUCCUUUAUUUACAGAAAGGUGGAGGAUUGUUUAUCCCAGGUGCAGCAGCUGCAUAGAGCGUGUAGUUUACCCCCUGUGGAGCAGAAUGGAAUGAUUGCUGCAAUAGUGUUCUCCCGACAGUCUAGGUUGUCCUUUGAUACUUCAUGGAUAGAUAGUCUACAGGAGAAAAUAAUCAUGGAAACUGUUGGAAGCAAAAUAUCUCCGUUAGUUCUAAAUCCAGGUCGUAUUCUGUUGACCUCGAAGAGGCUGUACUUCCAGGCUUACAACAACCUCGAGGCUGAACCAGUUGUCAAGAUUAAACUCGCCAGUAUUCGAAGAAUUUUUCCCCGAAGAUAUUUACUGCGUCCUCAAGGGCUAGAAAUAGAAUACGAGGACACGAAGGGGUUUGCUACUCAUAUUUACCUUUCUCUUGGUAAACCUGGAGAUAGAGAUCUUCUAGUGGAGAGAAUAUCAGAACAACAAGAACUUCAGAUAACUCAAGAUGAAGAAAGUAUGACUCUAAAAUGGCAACAUGGUAUUCUAUCUAAUUACGACUAUCUGCUCUACAUAAACAGUAUUGCGGACAGAUCAUUCAACGAUUUGACUCAGUACCCUGUGUUUCCAUGGGUGGUUCAGGAUUAUACUUCUCCAGUUCUUGAUUUGGAUAAAGAGAAAACAUUUAGAGAUCUUUCAAAACCUAUGGGAGCCGUCAACCCAGAAAGAUUGGAAUCUCUAAAGCAAAGAAGGGAAGAUAUGCCUGAACCUAGAUACCUUUACGGUAGUCACUACAGUACACCGGGUUUUGUACUCUACUAUUUAGUGAGAAAGGUACCUGAGUACAUGUUGUGUUUACAAAAUGGCCGAUUUGAUCAUCCUGACAGAAUGUUUAACUCAAUACCACAGACCUGGAGAAAUGUAACAACAAACCAGUCAGAUUUUAAGGAGCUGGUGCCCCAGUUCUAUCAGUCCGGGGACUUCCUCACGAACAACCUGGGGAUUGACUUUGGGGUCAGGCAGAGUGGAAAAAGAAUAGGAGAUGUCCAACUACCCCCCUGGGCAGUAUCACCAGACGAUUUUGUGGCAAAACUUAGAACAGCCCUAGGUGAAUAUUUCAUACUAUUCGAAGCAACCCAAGCAAAACGUUGUGUGGACCUAGAUACAAUCAGUGAUCUCAACGAACGGUGGGGUCUAGAGGUCCAAAUAUCUGAAUUCGGUCAGAUUCCAAAACAGAUCUUUAAAAAUCCUCAUCCGCAGCGAUACACAACCAUCCCUCCAGCAGUCAUCCUCAAUACUACACCCCUCACUCAUCCCUCCAGUAAAAACUGGGUAAAAUUCUCGCGACUACUCCGGGAUUCUGACCAUCAAUCUCACAAGGAACCUAUAUCAGCCCUCGCCAUUUUCCAGGAUCGUGUGGUUGUAUCUGCAAGCAAGGAUAGUGCUGUAAAGCUGUACAACCUAAGUACAUGUACCGUAGAGAGAUCUGUCUCUGCCCGUACAACAUCAAUUUCAAGUAUUAUCUGUCCGCACAAGUCUAACAACAUUUUAUUAGGUUGUUCUGAUAGUACAAUUCUCUGCUACAACAUCAACACUGCAACCUUCGGCCCGCCCAUCCCCGCCCAUAGUGACGCUGUAAGCUGCCUAGCAUGGAGCGGGGGUAGGCUGGCUAGUGGUGGGUGGGAUGGCCGUGUGAGGGUGUGGCGAUGUAGUGCAGAAGGGAUGGAGGGAGGAGAUGCGGUUUAUGAACUAAGUCUUGGGUCCCCUGUAACCUGUGUGAGUAUUCUCUACUCUGAGUCUGGAAAACCCCUAGAGGAGGAGCAGAAUGGAGAGGAGGAGGAGAAGGUGGAUAAAGAUGAACUCGGAGAAGGUUGGGUGGCAGGAGGGAGCAGAGAAGGAGAUGUUCUCAUCUGGAGAUUAGACGGAGGAAGGUUUAGUCUCUCUCAGCAGAUACCAGCUCAUAAACGACAGGUGAACUGUGUCCUGUUCAAUCCUAGUGGAAACCAGGUGUUGACCGGUGGGUCAGAUUUCUCAAUUCAAUUGUUUGAUUUAAAAACAGGAACUCCAGUCUUCAGGAAGGAUUUGGGAGAGGAGAUAACAGCUCUAGUAUGGGACGGAGAAACCACUGUAGUCGGAGGGGGACGAGGAACUCUCCAGGUGUGGAACCUACUCCAGGGAACCAAGAUACAUGCGGAGAAGGUUCAUGAGGGUAGGAUCAGUGCUCUCGCAGUCCUAGAUCAGGGGAGAACUGUUCUUAGUGGGGGAGAGGACAGAAGAGUUAUUGCUUGGAGGACGGUGAAGGAUUAAAAGACAUAAAGUUAAUGCGUUGAGGACGGUAAAGGAUUAGACGACAAAAAUUUAUUUGCUUAGAGGGAGGACAAGGAUUAGAGGACAAAAGAGGUAUCUCUUGGAGGAUGGUGAAGGAUUAAAGGACAAAAGAUAAGGACAGUCAAGGAUUUGAUUUGAACAUCAAAUAAAUGAAAAAUCAUACUGAAAGGGAAAAGUCCAAAAAUAUUCAGAAGCGUAGAAGUUUUAACAUUUUCUUAAUUUACAAAAACACAUAAAAUAAUGCGAUGAAUGAUUGUGAAUAAUCUUCUGUUUUAAAAGUUAAGAUAAUCAUUAUUGUAAGUAUUGAAAUUAUUAUAUUUAUGUUGUCACGUUGCCAUACAGACGAGAAAACUGUGAUCAUUACUAUUCUGUGAUCCAAUUACUGAUUCUUUUAUGUAUACCAUUCGUUUUUACUAUCUUCUAUAUAAUAAAACAAGACAUUUAUA